AUGAGCAAAUGCACUUACGAAAAAGACAAGCUCUUGAGCUUGCAAGGCGGCCCAGUACCCGCAGCCGUGUACAAAGGGCUUCAAAGAACACUGCAGAGAGACUUCUCAUUAGGUGGCAUCCUCCGUGUCUCUCUCGACACACGCAUCGCCCAGAAUCCAUCAGAAGGCUCGAUCAAAGCUACAAACAUGGAAAGAGACACUUCUGUUCGUCAGUUGGACGGAGCCGAUUCCGAGUGGCAGUACCGUGGCCGUUCUAAUUCUGAGCACGCUGAGUUGGAACCCAUUUCUGCCCCGACUGGUCUGCCGGCUCAAAAGAGUGAGGGCUUCCAAAGGUUUUACAAAGCCGUCGUCUCUCCAACUCAUGUCAGGGUGACUGCUGGUGGGCGUAUAGUGCCAAAUACACGGGGAUGUUCUUCACCUACCGGAAAAUGGAACCGUGAUAAGGUCGUAACCGAUACUGGUUCGGCUAAUCGGGAUACUGCUCAUGCGGCACAUCCAUAUUCAGGCGUCCCAAUUCAAAUGUCAGGUUAUGCCACACUACCGCCAAUAUUCCACACCUUUUCACCUGCUAUUAGCCCCGGAUUGCCACCAGAUGCCAUGUUUUCUUGGGCCGGAUGGCCGUUCGGCUUUGGAGUAUGCGCACCGUUCCCGUCACCAGUGAUGCCGCCCUCGACAGAUGGACUGGCAACGAGUCAAAACAAUCCAACGACUAUUGAAAUGGAUACAAGUAAUGCAAAAUUAAGGAAUAAUUCACUCCAAACCGGUCGUUUGGAUAUCCAUUCGUACCAUGGAACCGGCCUGCCACUUAUGGAAUCCAAAAUCGGGAGUACUCUACCGAAAGAAAAGCCACUUUUGCAACAUCCCCUUGCUGCGCCAAACUUGGUGAAGUCUCAAUCAAUUCAAAGAAAGCCUGAGGUACAACCAGUCGAAUCCCCGUUGAGUACAACCGAGAAGGACAUAACCCCGUUAAAGUCGGAGGCUACUCUAUCUUCCCCGGACAACAGUCAGCCAAUCAAAGACUCCAUACCGCCUAUUUCGUCUAUCCGUCCAAGUCAAAUUACAAAAAAGCAAAUUGAUGUCCUGAGAUCAUCACUCCGUUAUCUGGAAGAUCAGUUACAGUAUAAUAAACAUCAAAUUGACGAGAAGUUGAUUGAGCAUCAAGCCAAGAUGGUUUGUCAACAGAUACAGCAGUUUGAACAGAAUUUCGAAGCACAAAGGAUCUUUGAGGAAUCUCAUUAUCCAAAGGAAGAAAAACUCAAGGAAACCAUUUCGUCCUCCGAUUUGUCCAAAAAAGCAGCUACUUCUAUAAAGCCAAGUCACCCAUCGGAACGAGACCAGUCUGAGAAAGUUUCUUUAGUACAAAGCCGACGCCAUGAACUGGGUGGAUCGUCUACUGAUGAUCAUAUGCUACGAAAUCGACGUUCGUCUUCUAAAGAAAGUACUGUGGCUGAAAAGGGAGAACCCGAGGUUAGAUCAGUCCCAGUGGCCCGCAAGUAUUCUACUUUACCUUCGAAAGCAGCCAUGGCACCUCCAUUUCGUCCACAGGCUGGCCAAGUGUGGCAAAGUACGACCGAGGAUUCUUUCGAGAAUAACACGGACCAAAUUGUUGGUCUAGAUCUGAUCAAGGGUGACUUAGCAGAGCAUGGUAACUAUCAGCGAGCUAUGAUGCCCUACCUAGUUGGCCACUUACCAUCCAACUUCACUCCCCCAAUUCUCCCGCAUUAUCAGUACAAAUAUGAUAGAGAGCUUACUGAAGGGGAACUGAGAGCACGUCAUAUGUAUUGGGGAAACUCCCCCCAUAACCUCUCAUCAGUUAUGCAAAGCUUUGACAGCCAAGGCUAUUAUGCAUGGUGUAAGCCAACCGUUGAAGCUCAUGGAAGUCUGGCCGGUGACAACGCAGUAAAGGCCGGAAGCCUGACAGCGAAACAAGAAGUCGAUUCUGUUGAUACAUUUAAGCGCCCGCGACACGGAGCGAAUAUUGCUCAUUUGGAAGCAACAACGCAGUCCGAAUAUUUACCUGCACGAGACUCAUCCGCAACCGACAUAUCUAGUAUACCUUCCCCAAAAGCUGAUUCAUGCAUGGCGAGUGUGCUCGAUCUCUCGAAUGAAACUGGUAAAACUGGUGAUGGGUCGAUAGGUAAAGAAGGAAUGGAAAGCUUGGAGACUGGUGUUGCCACUGUCGUCCCCAACAUUAGACGCAAAGUUGCUACUGCCAGUAAAACGCGAAAUGCAAUUUGGCAGAGUAUGCUACGCAAAAGCAAAAGCAAUGCCGGUAUUAUCCCCGGGACAGUAUCCUCUACAACUAUCCAAGGCGUCCUCCCACAAUAUUCUGGACAUGCGAGCGCUUGUCUAGCCCCAACGUUGGCAAACGCUGCCUCUACUCCCAACCAACGACCUUCAGGAACGGCGAAGUUUGAGGCUCUUACGAAGUUCAGUCAGGAGAUACAUAAUGAGAAUACACCUCCUCUUGGCAUUCGAGACUAAGCUCCUAACCCUUUGUAUCAUCUCUAGAGAAGACGUUUUACAGCAUGCUGCGCCGUAUUCUAUCUCGGCAAUGGCAAUGGAGAUGUAUUGUCACGCAUUAAACAGCCAUACAUACAAAUUAGAUGGAAUUAUCCUUCAUUGUUUUCUAUUGUAACUGGGCGCAGCAAAGCCGACACUAGGAAUAUUUAUGGCUCGGGAAGGAGAGAUACUUCAGGGCGGUACGGCUACCGAAAGUCAAGGCUCUGCGUCAAAUACUGGACCCUUCACCAAUUUGUGUG